GUUUUUGCCACGUAACUGCAUCGUUUGCAGGCCCUGACGUCACGCGUGUGCAGUGCUGCGGUACUUGAACGCACCGUUUGUUCACAUCCGAGCCGCCCCUGCGAGGAGGGCUGCUCAGGGCGGCUCUCGCUCGAGCCCACUUGUUGGUCAACCGCGUGAGCAGCGUGCGUCACUUUAUUAGGUCCACCCAUUGUCUGACAGUCAUGCUCUCUCUUUUAUUUGAAAGAUUCCUGGUUGCGCUGCAUCAUGAGAGCUUCUACUGUCUCGUGUUGAUUGGUCGCUAUCCACUUGAAGUGGAUUUAGUAUGGAGAACUCCACGAGCGCGUCCCACUAUGCAUGAUGUGCUCUCGGUGGCACUAAUGGGGAUUUGCAACUGCACGCUGGGCCUGAGCUGCUUACAACUCGCCAUAUGCUUGACCCCACCUCCCUGCACUCUGACCUUUGGGCAACCAUUUGGCUAGCUUAACAAUGUAGGCCAGGGCCAAAGCUUAGAAAGCACACGGGCCAGCCUGUUGCGGUUGUUAGUUUGACCGAGGCGUGCAUGCCAUGAGCUAGAGCUCCAGGAGUAGCAAAAGGAGGUAGCAGGAGGACCAAGAGGUGAAAUUCGAGAAGAGUGACAUGAUUCCAAAGUCAGGCAAAUCUUCGGCGGACUCGCGGAAAAGUGUGGGCAUCCAUGAGUUUGCAGCGCUAGCUAGAUCCUCCUUGAAUGGCAUCUCUCAGGCGGUGAGGGACCAUGUGACCAAGCCCACCUCGCUGGCCCAGGGCCGGGUGGCCCACCUCAUCGAGUGGAAAGGUUGGCCCAAACCCGCCAACCCCCCCCAGGCCGCACACUUCAGCUCCUACUGCCACCUGAGCGAAGGCGAGAAGGAGGCUCGCUUCGCUGCAGGCGUGGCCGAGCAGUUUGCCAUCGCCGAGGCCAAGCUGCGAGCGUGGGCGUCGGUAGACGAGGACGACGCGGACGAGGAAGACUCCAACGACGAAGACGCCAAAGCGGGCUCUCACGCCGACUUCCUUCCUCGGAGCACAGCAGACUCCGUUACGUGCGAUCCUACCUCCUGCCCAGCUCGGAUCCGGCGUGAAGGCAUUUUCCAGGAGGAAGGCAACGGCGGCGAGGUGUGCGUCCACCGCAAACCUGAGCGGAGGCCAGGCCGUUUCGAUUCCUGCUACUCGACCUCGCACUCGGAAUCUCCCGGAGAGGAGGACGAGGAGGAAGAAGAUGAGGUGUUCCAGGAAGCCCGGGCGUGGAGCUGCGACCGCUUCCCGUUGGACCGGGCCUCCUCCUCCGGGGUGGCGUCCCUGGAUGAGGAGGACCAAGAGAACCAGGAGCAAGGAGGAGACAAGCUGGAGGAUAAAGAGUAUUUGAUGUGAUGUGUGGUCCAUGGUGGAUAUGACGUCAUGUGUUCUGCUUUGCCUUGUGUCCUCCUUCUUCUUCACCCCCUCCUCCUCUUCAAGUCUAUUUUCAGUCCAAAAGCUCCACUGGAGAACUGCGAGCGGAAUGUAACGCUGUCCGUUUUGUACAAAGUUUUGGUGUCAGGUGUUACUAUGGUGUCAUUUUUCUAUGGAAUAUUUUGUAGUGUCGUCUUUUAUCGGGGUUCAUGCUGAGUCACGUGGAUGUUGAUACUGAAUGUUCUUGCACACGUCAAAAUACAAGGUGACUUUUU